UCUCUGAUCCAGAGGCGGACCUACAUAGAAGAAUGGGGUUGCAAUUGACACAGGUUAAAAAUAGAUUUUUAAUUUGUAAGCCUACUUUAGUAUUGGAUACUGGCUCAGUUGGUUACAGAUUGAACCCAAUGAACCCUCAUUCACGAGUUCAAACUUCAGGUUGUACACAUUAUAGUCUUUUUUUUCUUUUGAUAUAAAAUCAUUAUUUACUUUAUUUGGGCUUAAUGUAUGAAUGAAUUUGAGCCAUGACCCAGGUAAAAAAUAUUCCUGGGUCCGCCACUGCUCUGAUCAAUGGCCUAGGUCGUCUCUCCAACCUAACUGUCUCAGUAGAAGCGUAGACUUCACGGAAACGUUGAAGAAACCAAAAGGAUCUUGCAAUAGCGUAGCUAGAGCUCUGCAUAAUUCAUCCAAUUCCAUGAUCCCUCGGAAGAUCUCUGUGGAUAGUCUUGCAUUGCCUUCCAAAGUAGUUUCCACCACGAUGAUUCCAAAGCGUGAGCAGAUUACUCGACCUUGGAUGUUUGGUAUGACUCCAACUGCUUCGAGUCCUAGGGGAGCCAGCAUCGCCAGAGGACUAACCCCUUCCAGAGGGAUUAGUCCUUCAGGGAGGAUGGUGAGCCCACUCAGAGUGAGAAAGAAAGAGAAGAGCAGAGAGAAUGGUGGUGUUGCAGAUGAUCCUCACUUGUUAAAGCUCUUGCAUAAUAGGCUGCUGCAGUGGCGAUUUGCUAAUGCACGAGCAAGUCCUGUUUUCUCUGCACAGAAGAUGACAACAGAGAAAAGAUUGUACAACUCAUGGAUAAGCAUCUCUAAGCUGUAUGAUUCCGUCAGAGCGAAAAGAAUCAAAACUCAGCGCCUUCAGCUGAAUUUGAAAUUGAGAUUUAUUCUCAAUAGGCAGAUGGAAAAUCUAGAAGAGUGGCUUGUUGUAGAGAGGGAUUAUGUGAGUUCUUUAGUAGGAGCUGCAGAAGGGUUGAAAGGCAGCACGCUUUGUCUACCUGUUGAUUGCGUGGCAAAGGUAAAUGGACAAAGUGUUAAAGAUGCCAUUUCUUCAGCAGUUGAUGUUAUGCAGGCAAUGGCUUCUUCCAUAUGCAUGUUGCUGCCAAAGGUAGGGAAAAUAAGUUGCUUGGCAGCAGACCUUGCUCGUGUGAAUAUCAAGGAGCAAGAGAUGCUUGACGUUUCCAGAGAACUCCUAAACACAAUCUCUGCUCUACAGGUAAAGAAAUGCAGUUUGGAGACACAGGCUAUGCAACUACACCUCUAAGCUGUCAAAGUUACUGAACAAAACCAAGUGUACGUAAGGAGCUCGAUCAUCUCAUUCAAAUAGAGAUGUCAAACUCUCUUUAACCACAAGAAACCAGAUUGUAAAUGUUUGAUCUUUUUUUUAUUAUUUCUAUUGCUAUUUUUCUUUUUAUAGAUUUAAUAUUGUUUUAAGUUUAUAUGAAAAGUGGCAGGCCCUUUAGAAC